AUGAUGAAGGUUCUCUUCGCCGGCUGCUUGCUCUUCCUGCUCUUGAAUGUUGCUCAUGUGGAGUGCCGAGUCGCUCCUGUGGAGUCCCGGCGCCACGACGAUGACAGCUCCCCCGACCGGUUGUACAAGCUGUUCAUAUUCGGAGACUCCAUUGCCGACGACGGCAACGUCCCGAACCCAGGCUUGAACCGGGGUUCUCGUGCUUGGUACUACCCCUACGGCAUGUCGGACGACGACCACGACAAUAGUCCAACUGGCCGCUUUUCCAACAACAUGGUCCAAUCUGAUUUUCUCGCCAAGAUUCUGGGGCACGACGAGUCUCCUCCGCCGUACGCGGCGCACAAGGCACGGCGGGGGAAGAAGAGCAACCGCAUCAACUCGUCCGGCAUGAACUUCGCCAACGCCAGCUCCGGUGCCGUGUACCUGGUGCCGACGCUCGGCGCGCAGAUCGACCAAUUCAGUAGUCUGGUCUCGGACGGCGUCAUCACAGAACGGGACCUCGACGAGUCGGUCGCGCUCGUUGCCUACUCCGGCCGUGACUAUGGACGCAUCAGCAACUCGGCCAGCGAUGACUACAUCGCUCGCUUCGCCGACGACGUGACGGAGGAGAUUGCAGGAAUCGUGAAGCAGCUACAGGAGCUCGGUGUGCCCAAGGUGCUGGUGAACUCGGUACCCCCGCUCGGCUGCACGCCGUGGAUGUCCAGGUUCACCAACUACGACCAUUGCGAUAAGCGCGGCAACAUGAUCUCGGACGCACACAACACGGCUCUCCUAGAUAAGCUAGGCAAAGAGAAAAACGUUAUGCUGCUCGAUGUGAACACCAUGUUCACCGAGCUUGUCAGCCCCAAACCAGGGUCGACGUUGUCGAAGCAGUUCAAGUACAUGUACCAGCCGUGCUGCGAGAGCAUCGACGCAAGCGGCUACUGCGGACAAUAUGAUGGCAACCGCCCGCUGUUCCGGCUGUGCCGCAACCCGGACGAGUAUUUCUACUGGGACUACAUCCACCCGACGCAUGCAGGCUGGAAGGCUGUCAUGCAGCUGCUCCAAGGGCCCAUCAUGGCUUUCCUCGGCAUCUCAAACCUCAACCACUUUUAA